AUCAAGGAAGCUCAUCGCAUGGCCGACCAGGCUUCAUAGCAGGCAGUGUAUGUAAAAAGCUGCCUUAGUCGGUGUGCAAUUCUCCGCGGUCGUUGUCUCCAAGAACCUUGGUACUGACGAUGACACCGACACGAUCAGGCAGCGACUAGAGACCUGUUAGAAGCAGCACACGAGCGUACGGCUUGAAACCUUCCUACAACAACGUCGCCCCUGUAUUGCACGAGGGAUUCGAGGUUUCGGUCCAAGACUUCCUGCCGUAACACCCUGUUUCUAUUUUGGAUUGAUCGCGCGAGGUGAUUUCAUCGUCAGCAUCUCCCUCCGAUCGCUGGACAAUAGCUGCAGUCAGUAGUCAUCCGUUUGCGUUUCCUCGCACCGUAGAAAGGCAACCCAGCGUGAAGCACCUAGGAGCUUCUUACUUCUCUGUUGUCUCGGCAGGCGCCAAAGACUUCGUAUUUGGUCGGUAGAUUACGAUACGACGGUCGAGAUCCGUUUAGCAAUCUCGCCCGUCUAGGACUUGUAGAUUGGCGGAUUCCGUCGAAUCACGUGUACCUUCGUAGAGAAUUUCAUCGGCUGCGUUGUGCUUUCUGGAGUCGUCUGAAAAACUGGAGUGAGUUCACUCCCAAUUGCGUUCUGAAUGACGCUGCCGUCGCCGCGCCUCGAUGGCAUCACGAGCGGCACCCCGCGGCGCUCCAGCUUGGACAGGACGAACCGUCAGAUCGUGUAUCCGACGGCGGAGGAGCGCCUGGACGAGCUGCGGAAGCGGAUGGGGAAGGCCGACGGGGACCCGCUGAAAGUCGUUGGGGUUGGCGCUGGCGCCUGGGGAUGCGUCUUCAUGGCCAUGAUCCAGGAAACGUACGGGCAAUUCAAGGAUAAGAUCGAUGUGCGCAUCUGGCGACGUGGCGGGCGCUCAUUGGACAAGGCGUACGCGCAGAAGCUGUUCAACGUGAUCAACGACAGGGAGGACAUCCUCAGGCGGUUGAUCCGCAACUGCGCUUAUCUCAAAUACGUCGAGGCGCGGCUCGGAGAUAGAACACUCAUUGCGGAUGAGAUCUUGAGGGAUGGCUUCUGUGUCAACCUGGCCGACACGCCUCUCUGCCCUCUCAACGUGGUGACCAACUUACAAGAGGCAGUGUGGGACGCUGACGUCAUCAUCAACGGACUGCCGUCCACCGAGACGCGGUCCGUGUUUCGCCAGAUCGGGCUGUUCUGGCGGGAGAGGCGACGUCCACCAGCUGUCAUCGUUUCAUUGGCCAAGGGCGUAGAGGCUGCUAUGGAGCCGGAGCCUCACAUAGUGACACCAACGCUCAUGAUCCACCAAGAGACCGGCGUCCCCAUGGAGAACAUUCUGUACUUAGGAGGCCCUAACAUCGCAGCCGAGAUCUACAAUAAAGAGUACGCCAACGCGCGCCUAUGUGGCGCCGCCACGUGGCGCAUUCCCAUGGCGGCAUUCCUUCGCCAGCGCAACUUUAUAGUGUGGGAUAACAGCGACUUAGUCACCCACGAGGUCAUGGGGGGACUUAAGAACGUGUAUGCAAUCGGCGCGGGGGUCGUCGCGGGGUUGACGCAAGACAGUGCGACGUCCAAGUCGGUGUAUUUCGCGCACAGUACGAGCGAGAUGAUCUUUGUUACGCGGUUACUGGCGAAGGAGCCGGAGCGGUUGGCUGGGCCGUUAUUGGCCGACACGUAUGUGACUCUAUUGAAGGGGAGGAACGCGUGGUAUGGGCAGCAGCUGGCGGAGGGGAAGCUGACAGCGGAAAUGGGGGAUAUGGUGGAAGGCAAGGGGCUGAUCCAGGGAGUGUCAGCAGUAUCAGCCUUCUACACAGUGCUGAGCGAGCCAGCCUACCAGGUGCCGCACCCAAUUACUGGGGAGAUGGUAGCUCCCAUUGAGCUCUGCCCCAUCCUGCAGACGCUCUACCACAUCCUGCACGUGCGAGAUCUCCCAUGCGAUGCCAUUCUCGACACCCUAAGGGAUGAGAACAUGUACGAUCCAGCCCAGCGCAUCGCCACUGCGCCUGAGCGGUGCUACAUGUCCAAGCUGCUGGACCGGCACCCCAGCAGCGCCGACAUGCAGGACUCUGCCACUGAGGCUGUGAAUGGAUUGAGACUCUAAUUACUAGAGUCGGUUUAGAAACAAGUGCGCUGUGCUGUGCCCUAGCCCGGUACAGUGCAUGCAUAAGCUACUGGAGCGGCAUCCCAGCUGCGAGACGAUGCCGCACAGGUGCUUAGCACAUUGGUACUGGAGUCUGAUCUAGGGCUGGCCUCAGUGAACAUGUGCCACAGCCCAGUACGGUACCUGCGUGUGAACGAAAGCUGCUAGACCAGCACCCGAGCAACUCUGACAUGCACAAUCUAAGUGCCAUGCCAUAGGAGAAUUCUAGCUUGUUUACAUCAGGUACAGCAGUAUGAGCAUUAUUGUAAUGAUUAGCUGGUUAAUCCCAUUCUUGCA